CAGACGCAAUAGCAUUCCUGCCAUGUGGGAUGCCUUCCCCAAAUUUGGGAGGGUGACUUCCUUUAUAAAGAGCUCUCAUGGUUAGUCUCCAGACAAGUCAGAGGUUUUAUCUGAGGGUUCUUCUUCAGCCGCCACACCUGGUCCACAUCAGACAAGGCAAUCAUGGCGGACGCUCAUAUGGCAGAGUUUGGAGCAGCGGCUUCUUACCUGCGGAAGUCAGAACGAGAGCGUUUGGAAGCACAAACACGUCCAUUUGAUAUGAAAAAGGAGUGUUUUGUGCCUGAUCCAGAUGAAGAGUAUGUGAAAGCUUCAAUCGUCAGUCGUGAAGGUGACAAAGUCACUGUAGUCAAUGAGAAAAGAAAGACUGUCACUGUAAAGGAAGCUGACAUUCAUCCCCAGAACCCACCAAAGUUUGAUAAAAUUGAAGACAUGGCAAUGUUCACCUUUCUUCAUGAGCCAGCCGUGCUGUUCAACCUCAAAGAGCGCUAUGCAGCAUGGAUGAUCUAUACCUACUCCGGGCUUUUCUGUGUCACUGUCAACCCUUACAAGUGGCUACCAGUGUACAAUCAGGAGGUGGUUAUAGCCUAUAGAGGGAAAAAGAGGAGUGAAGCUCCUCCCCACAUCUUUUCCAUCUCUGAUAAUGCCUACCAGUACAUGCUGACAGACAGGGAAAAUCAGUCAAUUCUGAUCACUGGAGAAUCUGGUGCAGGAAAGACUGUAAACACAAAGAGAGUCAUUCAAUAUUUUGCAAGCAUUGCAGCUGGAGGCUCAGCAAAGAAAGAUGGGUCAGAAAAAAAGGGAACCCUGGAGGAUCAAAUCAUCCAGGCUAAUCCUGCUUUGGAAGCUUUUGGUAAUGCAAAGACCAUCAGAAAUGACAACUCCUCAAGAUUUGGAAAAUUUAUCCGAAUUCAUUUUGCUGCCAGUGGCAAGCUGGCCUCUGCUGACAUUGAGACAUAUCUUCUGGAGAAGUCAAGGGUGACGUUCCAGCUUAAAGCUGAAAGGGACUAUCACAUUUUCUACCAAAUCCUUUCUCAGAAGAAACCUGAGCUGCUGGAGAUGCUGCUCAUCACCAAUAACCCCUAUGACUACGCUUACAUCUCUCAAGGAGAAACAACUGUAGCCUCAAUUAAUGAUAGCGAAGAAUUACUCGCCACUGAUGAAGCGUUUGAUGUGCUAGGCUUUACUCAGGAAGAGAAAAAUGGCAUCUAUAAACUGACUGGAGCCAUUAUGCAUUAUGGCAAUAUGAAGUUUAAACAAAAGCAGAGGGAGGAGCAAGCAGAAGCUGAUGGGACUGAAGUUGCAGACAAAGUUGCGUAUCUGAUGGGCCUCAACUCUGCUGACCUAAUCAAAGGUUUAUGCCAUCCAAGAGUAAAAGUAGGAAAUGAGUGGGUCACCAAAGGGCAAAAUGUCCAGCAGGUGUACUACGCUAUUGGUGCACUGUCCAAGUCAGUGUAUGAAAAAAUGUUCCUUUGGAUGGUUGUAAGAAUCAAUCAGUCUCUGGACACUAAACAACCUCGUCAAUAUUUCAUUGGAGUACUGGAUAUUGCUGGUUUUGAGAUUUUUGAUUUCAACACCUUUGAGCAACUCUGCAUCAACUUUACCAAUGAGAAACUGCAACAGUUUUUCAACCACCACAUGUUUGUGCUGGAACAAGAGGAGUACAAGAAAGAAGGGAUUGAAUGGGAGUUUAUUGACUUUGGCAUGGACUUACAGGCCUGCAUUGAUCUCAUUGAGAAACCUAUGGGCAUCAUGUCCAUCCUUGAAGAGGAGUGCAUGUUUCCCAAAGCCAGUGAUGCAACCUUUAAAGCCAAGCUUUAUGACAACCACCUUGGGAAAUCAAACAACUUUCAGAAACCAAGAGCAAUCAAAGGGAAGCCAGAGUCUCAUUUUUCUCUGAUUCACUAUGCUGGUACAGUUGACUAUAAUAUCAACAACUGGCUGGUGAAGAACAAAGACCCACUGAAUGAGACUGUUGUUGGACUCUUUCAAAAGUCCACACUCAAGCUCCUGUCAAUGCUCUUUGCUAAUUAUGCUGGGACAGAGUCCGAGAAUAGUAAGGGAGGUAAAGGAGGUGGAAGUAAGAAGAAGGGCUCCUCGUUCCAAACUGUGUCUGCGCUUCACAGGGAAAACUUGAAUAAGUUAAUGACCAACCUAAGAUCAACUCACCCUCAUUUUGUGCGCUGCAUCAUACCUAAUGAGACAAAGACUCCUGGUGCAAUGGAGAAUCCUUUGGUCAUGCACCAGCUACGCUGUAACGGUGUACUGGAGGGCAUCAGGAUUUGCAGGAAGGGCUUCCCCAAUAGAAUCCUCUAUGGAGAUUUCAAACAGAGGUACCGAAUCCUAAACCCUGCAGCCAUACCUGAAGGUCAAUUCAUAGAUAGCAGGAAAGGAGCUGAGAAACUCCUGAGUUCACUGGAUAUUGAUCACAAUCAAUAUAAAUUUGGACACACAAAGGUGUUCUUCAAGGCUGGUUUACUGGGUCAGUUGGAAGAAAUGAGAGAUGACAGACUAUCUCUAAUUAUUACUGGUAUUCAAGCUAGAUCCAGAGGACUCCUUGCAAGGAUUGAGUUCCAGAAGAUAGUUGAAAGAAGGGAUGCCCUACUGGUUAUCCAGUGGAAUGUCCGUGCCUUCAUGGGGGUAAAGAAUUGGCCCUGGAUGAAGCUAUAUUUCAAGAUCAAACCUCUACUAAAGUCAGCAGAAGCAGAAAAAGAGAUGGCAAAUAUGAAAGAUGAAUUUGCCAAGCUUAAAGAGGCUUAUGCUAAAUCUGAAGCCCGAAGGAAAGAACUGGAAGAAAAAAUGGUAUCUCUUCUCCAAGAGAAGAAUGACUUACAACUUCAGGUCCAAGCGGAGCAAGACAAUCUCUGUGACGCAGAAGAGCGAUGCGACCAGCUCAUCAAAAACAAAAUCCAGCUUGAGGCAAAAGCCAAAGAGCUCACAGAGCGACUUGAGGAUGAGGAGGAGAUGAACGCAGAGCUGACUGCUAAGAAGAGAAAGCUGGAGGAUGAGUGCUCAGAACUGAAGAAAGACAUUGAUGAUCUGGAGCUAACUCUGGCUAAAGUGGAGAAAGAGAAGCAUGCCACUGAGAACAAGGUGAAGAACCUGACAGAGGAAAUGGCAGCUUUGGACGACAUCAUUGCAAAGCUUACCAAGGAGAAAAAGGCCUUGCAGGAAGCUCAUCAGCAGACACUGGAUGACCUGCAAAGUGAGGAGGACAAAGUCAACACCCUCACCAAGGCAAAAGCAAAGCUAGAGCAGCAAGUGGAUGAUUUGGAAGGAUCUCUUGAGCAAGAAAAAAAGAUCCGUAUGGAUCUAGAAAGAGCCAAGAGGAAGCUAGAAGGAGACUUGAAGUUAACCCAGGAGAGCUUAAUGGACCUGGAGAAUGACAAACAGCAGUUAGAGGAGCGUCUAAAAAAGAAAGAUUUUGAGAUCAGUCAGCUCAAUGGGAAAAUCGAGGAUGAACAAACUAUUUGUAUUCAGCUACAAAAAAAACUGAAGGAACUUCAGGCACGUAUUGAGGAGCUGGAGGAGGAGCUUGAGGCAGAAAGAGCUGCCAGAGCCAAGGUGGAGAAACAAAGAGCAGAUUUAGCCAGAGAGCUGGAGGAGAUCAGUGAGAGACUGGAAGAGGCUGGAGGAGCUACAGCUGCUCAGAUUGAGAUGAACAAGAAACGAGAGACAGAGUUUCAGAAACUUCGCAGAGACCUUGAAGAGGCUACUCUACAACACGAGGCCACUGCUGCCACACUGAGGAAGAAACAAGCUGACAGUGUGGCAGAUUUGGGAGAGCAAAUAGACAAUCUUCAAAGAGUCAAGCAAAAACUGGAAAAGGAAAAAAGUGAACUCAGACUCGAGCUGGAUGAUGUGGUCUCAAACAUGGAACAUGUUGUUAAGACAAAGGCAAAUCUUGAGAAGACCUGCAGAUCUUUGGAAGAUCAAAUGAAUGAAUACAGAACAAAAUAUGAGGAGGGCCAGCGUUGUAUCAAUGACUUCACAAUGCAAAAAUCUAAACUACAAUCUGAAAAUGGUGAACUUUCAAGACAGCUGGAGGAAAAGGGCUCUCUUGUCUCCCAGCUAACUAGAAGCAAGAUGUCUUAUACUCAGCAAACUGAAGAUCUUAAAAGGCAAUUGGAGGAGGAAACUAAGGCGAAGAAUGCCUUAGCCCAUGCUGUACAGUCAGCUCGUCAUGACACAGAUCUGCUCAGAGAGCAGUAUGAGGAGGAUCAGGAGGCCAAAGCAGAGCUACAGCGAGGCAUGUCCAAAGCUAAUUCUGAGGUGGCUCAGUGGAGAACAAAGUAUGAAACUGAUGCCAUCCAGAGAACAGAAGAACUGGAGGAAGCCAAGAAGAAACUGGCUCAACGGUUGCAGGAGGCUGAAGAAGCUGUUGAAGCAGUAAAUGCGAAAUGUUCAUCUCUUGAAAAGACCAAACACAGACUCCAAAAUGAGAUUGAAGAUCUUAUGAUGGACCUGGAGAGGUCUAAUGCAGCUGCAGCAGCCUUGGACAAGAAACAAAGAAACUUUGAUAAAGUCCUGGCUGAGUGGAAGCAGAAGUAUGAAGAGUCACAGGUUGAGCUAGAGAGCUCUCAAAAGGAAGCCAGAUGUCUGAGUACAGAACUUUUCAAGCUGAAGAAUUCCUAUGAAGAAUCUUUGGAUCACCUGGAGACAGUGAAGAGAGAAAAUAAAAAUCUUCAAGAGGAGAUUUCUGAUCUCACUGAGCAACUUGGUGAGGGAGGAAAGAGCAUUCAUGAACUGGAGAAAAUGAGAAAACAGCUGGAGCAAGAAAAAAGUGAGAUUCAGUCUGCUUUGGAAGAGGCAGAAGCCUCACUGGAGCACGAGGAGGGUAAAAUUCUGCGAGCUCAGCUAGAAUUCAACCAAACAAAGGCUGAUAUUGAGCGCAAACUAGCUGAAAAGGAUGAAGAGAUGGAGCAGAGCAAACGCAAUUUGCAGAGAACCAUCGAUACUCUUCAAAGUUCUUUGGAGUCAGAAACAAGAAGCAGGAAUGAGGCCCUCAGAAUAAAAAAGAAGAUGGAAGGGGAUCUAAAUGAGAUGGAGAUCCAGCUUAGUCAGGCAAAUCGACAAGCAGCAGAGGCUCAAAAACAACUCAAGAGUGUCCAAGCACAUCUGAAAGAUGCUCAGCUACAGCUGGAUGACUCUCUGAGAACAAAUGACGAUCUCAAGGAGAACACUGCGAUUGUAGAGAGACGCAACAACCUUCUGCAGGCUGAACUAGAGGAGCUGAGAGCAGCUCUUGAGCAAACUGAGAGAGGCCGCAAGCUUGCAGAGCAAGAGCUGCUGGAUACCAGUGAAAGAGUGCAGCUACUGCACUCCCAGAAUACAAGCCUCUUGAAUCAGAAGAAGAAACUUGAGACUGACAUAUCCCAGCUUCAGACAGAAGUGGAAGAGGCAGUGCACGAAUGCAGGAACGCUGAAGAAAAAGCCAAGAAGGCCAUAACUGAUGCUGCCAUGAUGGCUGAGGAGCUGAAGAAGGAGCAGGACACAAGUGCUCACCUGGAGCGUAUGAAGAAGAACAUGGAGCAGACCAUUAAGGACCUGCAGCACCGUUUGGAUGAAGCAGAACAAAUUGCUAUGAAGGGAGGCAAAAAACAAGUCCAGAAACUAGAAGCUCGGGUGAGGGAGCUGGAGAAUGAAGUAGAAUCAGAGCAGAAGAAGAGCAGCGAGACAGUAAAAGGAAUUCGCAAAUAUGAGAGACGUAUUAAAGAACUGACCUACCAGACUGAGGAGGACCGCAAGAAUCUGGCUCGACUGCAAGAUCUUGUUGAUAAGCUUCAGCUAAAGGUCAAGGCUUACAAGAGGGCUGCAGAGGAAGCUGAGGAACAAGCCAACACACAUAUUAGCAAAUUACGGAAAAUCCAGCAUGAGCUUGAUGAAGCAGAAGAAAGAGCUGACAUUGCAGAGUCACAAGUCAACAAACUGCGUGCCAAAAGUCGUGAUGUCGGUUCUAAGAAGGGACAUGAUGAAGAGUAAAGCUCAAAUGGACCUUCUGCGUGUCUCCUGUUUGAUGUAUUGGCAAACAUGAUUUCACCAAGUACAACAUGUUCCUGGAUCAACAUCCUUGUUGAUCCUGGAACAACAUUCCAAUCAACCAAUCAGAAUUGAGGGAUAAGUUUUCUAGAAAUGUCAGUUUUAGGCUUACAAUCAGGGUUAGAUGCUUCUACACCUUUGUUAUUCAUCUAUCAUUUCCUUUUGAUUUUAGAAAUAAAUUAUGGGUAGGGUUAGGUUUAUUGGGUUAGGUCUAUAUUUUUGGACAGUGAUGUCGAUCCAGGAUCAACAAAAGAUGUUGAUCCAGGAACAUGUCUUGGCAAAAUCACGGCGACCUUGAUGUAUUAGUUAUCCACUUGGCUCUUUUUCAGCCACACAGUAGAAUAAAGUUUAACUGCAUUCAAUAUGUGGUGUGAUUGAGUUAUUAUGCGUUAAAAUGAUUAACAUUACUUUGUGGGAAAAACUAUUUGGGAGACAUUGAAAAUGGCAGUGUACAGGGUGCAACUUUUUAUCUUAAAUACAAAGUAAAUCAUUAAAUGAUUAUUAUUUAUUAUAUUUUUGAAUUAUACACCUCAGGGGUAAAUGUAGGUCAUACCAGUUAAUCUAUCAAAACAACUGCUCUAAAACUCAAGGAUAUACAUGGAAGUGCUUUUUCUCAAAUGAAAUACUGUCUUCAUGUUCAUUAUAAACUAGCCAGGGUAAAACUAUUUCUAUAUUAAUGUGUUAACACGGAUUUCAGUAAAUCAUAAUAGAUGGAAGACAUGGAAAUUCAUAUUAGAAAUCCACUUAAAUGACUGACAUUACCUUCGUAUGCUCUUUCCGUCUACUCUCUCCAAAAAAUACUAUGUUUAAAAUGUAUCCUUACUUUGCUGUGAUCUAAAAUCUUUAAGUUUGUCGACAAGACUGUCUUCACAUGUAAGUCAUCCUCUUCACACCUCACUGCAAUUACAGCAUAGAGACAGCGGAGCUCAGCGGCUUAUCAAGUGACUUUGUGUGAAUCCUAUUGCAACUGUCUCUCUUUCUGUUACAUCUGAAGUACUGAGGAAAGAUCAAGAUUUACGGAAAAGUUCAUCUUCACUUUCAUUCAAUUAUGAAUUAAUACAUUUCAUAAAGGGAUACAUGGAAGAACACAUUACGAUUUUAUCUGUGACAAAAUUAGCUCUUUUUGCUGUAUUUUGUGGUAAGCUAACAUUGACCACUUCAGAACUGAGCUGACUGAGACACACCGAAUAUUUUUAGCACUUACAAGUGAAUUUCAAACUUGCUACAUUUAAUCUACUAGUAAAACAAACAAAAAAAAGCUUCUUAUUGACAUCACAUUCUAUUAAACUGAAUGUGCCUUUUAGCUAAUAUGGUGUUAAUAUGGUACGUUAAAAUUCUGACGACAAGCAUUAAUUUUUGAAUUGUGAAUGAGCGCGAAUUUCCGCAUAAACUGAAGUACUGCUCAGCUGUGGAGCUUAAUGUAACAUAAAGUGCACUGAAACACACUGAGCACCAGUCAUACGUGUCAGUUACAAGUUUUAAAUUAAGGGACUACAGUAGUACUGCUACAGUACAACCAUCUUUUAUUGUGCAGUAAAACAUCGUUAUUAAAAGAGUCCCUGUUUCAGGAAUGGUGAAUAGCCUACUGUAUGCUUCCUUGCAGAUGACAUGCAGUGCUGUGGAAAAAAAUGCACAUUUUGCUUGUUUCUUUUUUAUUGAUUCAUGAUUAAAUAUCCACAUCACUAGUUAACAAUUAAUCACAAUGACCUCUUUCAUAC